AUGAGUUCAGAAUGGAAACACUGUGGUGAUGAAGGGGAGAGAGGAAUGCCUAAAACUUGUAGAUGUGGAGAAGCUUCUUUAAUUAGAACUUCAAAAACCUAUGAAAAUCCAGGGAGGCUUUUCCAUUGUUGUCCAAAUGGAUCAAAAAAGGAAAAAAACCAUUUGCUUAAGUGGACAGAUGAAGCAGUUGUGGAAGAGAUUGAUGAUAUAAAGGACAGCUACGGGCAGAAGAUAAAAGAGAUGAAUGACGUCAUUGUUGAAUUUGAGAAGGAGAUAGAAGAGAUGAAAACUACCGUCUACGGUUGUGAUAAAGAGUUUAAAGAUUUCGUUGUUGAGCAUUUUAUGUGUAACUUACCUGGAAUUAAGGAAGCAACUAACAAGUUGUCAUUGUCUGAAGGGAUCAACAUGGGACUUAUUGGACCUAUAGUAUAA